GUGUCACCAAGUCUUGUUUUUUUGUCUUAGCAAUGUUUUUUGAAGGUCUGUUGCGUGCAAUUGCGAUGCACACUUUGACACACACGUACACACUUUGACUGCCAUCGAUAUGUUCUCGCCUCCCCAUCAUUUUGUUCAAUUUCUUGUCCUCUUCAACUACAAUCACAGCCCCGUGUCACCAAGCAACCUCCUCGCAUCGUCAUCAAAUCACAGUCAGGCAGCGGUGUCAUUUCUGUGUUACUGCACAAAAAGUCUGCUCUUGUACCUUCAUUAAAUACACCAUCCGCUUCACAUGUGCUGCCAUGCCCAAAGACGGACGGCCUUCAACAUCCACCACAUCUGUUCAUUAUAAGGACAAUGAUCAAUAGUGAUGAUCUUUUUAUAAAUGAAAUGAGGUUUAUGUUCAAGUUAGGCGUGUGAAGGUCAUACAGUAUGCAUGUCUAGUUCCAGACAAGCAUUGUGUGUUCAUUUGGUUGUCAUUUGCGUUUUUACACUUUUCCGCCACCCCACCGGUCUCAUCUCCCCCCACCCACGUUCCAUAUCACAUCACUCUCAACUGACUCGUUCCCACAGACAGACUGACACAAGCUUUGAAAGAGAACAGACUAGGAGGAAAGAAAAAAUACCUUGAUCAUGCAUAGGAUUUUUUUCUUUUUAAUUAUCAGUAUUUUUAGUCACUGCGAUAAUCCGGCAUCCUCAAGCACUCAUUUUUCAUAUUUUCAUUAUUUCAUUAUCCUACAAUGUGAUCCAAAUAUUGAGUGAUUUUGCUCAAUAGGAAUCUUAACAAACACACAUUUUCCUUCUUGUUAUCCAAUGUAGUGGAUGUGUAAUGUGAUGAAAUUUUAUCUUAUUAUUUAACCUAGUAUUUUUUUGCUGUACAAGGAAGAGAUGGUUAAUGAACUACUUUUUUUUUUUUAAUUUUUGGAAUUGAACAGGUUGAGUGGAAUAUUAGGGGGUACAUUUCCUUUGUUUGCACGAGACUGCCCGUGUUUUAGAUGGAGUCGCAACAACCCAUAGAUGCAUAGAAAAGUGAAGCCAAUCACACAACUUUUGUUGUCCACCUCAUUUUUUUUUGUUCCUACAUUCCCCCCCGCCCAGGGGAGGUUUAAUGGUUCUUCUGCCGAGUAUAUGAAGAGAAGUGGGACGAUUGGGAAACAGUCACCCCCAUAAGGGUACUCUGGAUGGAGCGUUUUUCUUUUUUCUGUGGAAUUACCUUUUUAAAUCCUGGAUAUCUAAUUCCGAAUCUAAAAUGUAAAAAUUCUUACUGACACUAGCAAGGGAUUUCAUUUUUUUUUUCUAAUGGACUGAAGCUGCUUUGAAGUAUUCAUCUUUUCUUUUGUGGAAUUUCACCAACACGGAUUGAAGACACAAGCAGCAUCUUUGUCUAAUCAAUACCAUAACACAGAUUAUUACUAUUGAUCCAGCCAACGCAAUUAAGAUUAUUGGUAUUAUUAUUAUUUUUUUUGUUCAGUAGCAGACUGGCAGACGUCAGCCCGCUGGAGCAAAGAAGAGAAAAGAAGCUGCUCCUGUGGAGUACAUUUACCUUGAAAUAGCUGCUUUUCCUCCCUAAAUUGCUUGCAGCCUCCCUCAGUCUGAGGCUAUGAGAGGGAGAGAGGAGGCCCAGGCUACACCAUCAUGCUACUUCUGAGACGAGGGGAUGAGAGUUUGGCCGACAAAACGCAAGGUAUUUCUCUCCACCUUCUCCACCAUGCCUGUCAGCGGCUGCCCCUCCCCCCUUCGCAUCCAUGCCGGGGUCUGCACCUGCCCCCCCUCUGUUGUCCAGGAGCAAGAGAGGCGAGUUCGACACCUCCACUCACCUCUGCCUCCGUCACUGCCCUGCCACACCGUCUCACUGGGUGUCCUUCUCCUGUUGCUUUGCCUUCUUCACUUGCCCCCCGCCUGUCAAUCACGGAGAGAGAAGGGAGGCGGAGGAGGUGGCGGCCACUACAUUCCCAUCCCUCCUCCCCCUCCGCACCAUAUGGCUCUGCCCAAUAUCCUGCGUGGCCUAAGCAUCGCCGUUGUCCUGGUGGGCAACUCAAGUGAAAUGGCGCUGGCCGGGGCUCGGGAGAAGGAAGACUUUCUGCACAUGGCGCCCAACGUCGAGAUCCUGACGAUGAACGAAACAGACCCUAAAAGUAUCAUUAAAAGCAUCUGUGACCUAAUGACUGAGCACUGGCUACAAGGUGUGGUGUUUGGAGAUGACACUGACCAGGAGGCCAUUGCCCAGAUCCUGGACUUCAUUUCGGCCCAGACCCACAUCCCAAUCCUAGGAGUCCGCGGUGGUUCGUCCAUGAUUAUGGCUGCUAAGGAUGACGACUCCAUGUUCUUUCAGUUUGGCCCCUCCAUUGAGCAGCAAGCUUCAGUCAUGCUCAACAUUAUGGAGGAAUAUGACUGGUACAUCUUCUCCAUCGUCACCACCUAUUACCCGGGAUACCAGGACUUUGUCACAAAGAUUCGGAGCACCAUAGAGAACAGUUUUGUAGGCUGGGAGCUGGAGGAAGUGUUACUCCUAGACAUGUCUGUAGACGACGGAGAUUCCAAAAUUCAGAACCAGCUAAAGAAGCUCCAGAGUCCUGUUAUCCUUUUGUACUGCACGAAAGAAGAGGCCAACACCAUUUUUGAAGUGGCCCAUUCUGUUGGGAUUACUGGUUAUGGUUACACAUGGAUAGUGCCCUCACUCAUCGCUGGAGACACUGACGUAGUACCUGCGGAGUUCCCCACAGGGCUGCUGUCCGUGUCCUACGACGAGUGGGACUACGGCCUAGAGGCCCGCGUUCGCGAUGGUGUGGCUAUCAUAACCAUGGCAACCUCCACCAUGAUGAUGGACCGAGGACCUCACACCUUGCUGAAGUCUGAGUGCCAUGGAGCUCCUGACAAGAAGACCCCCAUCUCGGGCAACCCUAAUGAAGUCCUCAGGUACCUAAUGAAUGUGACGUUCGAGGGCCGUAAUCUUUCGUUCAGUGAGGACGGCUACCAGAUGCACCCUAAGCUGGUCAUAAUUCUGCUCAACAAGGACAGACAGUGGGACAGGGUUGGCAAAUGGGAGAAUGGCUCCCUCUCCAUGAAGUACCACGUGUGGCCUCGCUAUGAACUAUAUGGUGGAAUUGCAACCAGGGAGGAUGACCACUUGUCCAUUGUAACGCUGGAGGAGGCUCCUUUUGUCAUUGUGGAGGACGUGGACCCACUUAGUGGGACUUGCAUGAGGAACACCGUGCCCUGCCGCAAACAGAUCAAAACAUUGAAUCAGACAAAGGAACCUGGGAUCUACAUCAAGCGUUGCUGUAAGGGCUUCUGCAUCGACAUCCUAAAGAAGAUCGCCAAGUCAGUCAAGUUCACGUAUGACUUGUACCUGGUUACUAAUGGCAAACAUGGAAAGAAGAUCAACGGAACUUGGAACGGCAUGGUGGGAGAGGUGGUGUUAAAAAAUGCCCACAUGGCCGUCGGCUCCUUGACCAUCAAUGAGGAAAGGUCAGAGGUCAUCGAUUUUUCUGUCCCCUUCAUCGAGACGGGCAUCAGUGUCAUGGUCUCCCGCAGCAAUGGCACAGUUUCACCCUCUGCCUUCUUAGAGCCCUUCAGCGCCGAUGUGUGGGUGAUGAUGUUCGUGAUGCUGUUGCUGGUGUCAGCAUUUGCCGUGUUCAUUUUUGAGUACUUCAGCCCCGUGGGCUACAACCGCUGUCUAGCUGACGGCAGAGAGCCGCACGGUCCAUCCUUCACCAUUGGCAAAGCCAUCUGGUUGUUGUGGGGUCUGGUCUUCAACAACUCUGUGCCAGUGCAGAACCCCAAAGGUACCACCAGUAAAAUCAUGGUGUCAGUCUGGGCCUUCUUUGCUGUCAUCUUCCUGGCCUCCUACACUGCCAACCUGGCUGCCUUCAUGAUCCAAGAGGAAUAUGUGGACCAGGUAACUGGACUCUCUGACAAAAAGUUUCAAAACCCCAACGACUUUUCGCCUCCCUUUCGGUUUGGCACGGUCCCUAACGGGAGUACAGAGAGGAACAUAAGGAACAACUAUCAAGAGAUGCACUCCUACAUGACCAAGUUUCAUCAGAGAAAUGUCAACGAGGCUCUUCAGAGUCUUAAGGCUGGCAAACUAGACGCUUUCAUUUAUGACGCGGCCGUGCUAAAUUACAUGGCUGGCAGGGACGAGGGCUGCAAGCUGGUGACCAUCGGCAGCGGCUACAUCUUCGCCACCACCGGCUACGGCAUCGCCAUCCAAAAGGAGUCUCUCUGGAAGAGACACGUGGACUUGGCCAUCUUGCAGCUCUUUGGAGACGGUGAAAUGGAGGAGCUGGAGUCACUGUGGCUGACAGGGAUCUGCCACCACGAGAAGAAUGAAGUGAUGUCCAGCCAGCUGGAUGUGGACAACAUGGCAGGAGUUUUCUACAUGCUGGGGGCCGCCAUGGCUCUGUCGCUUAUCACGUUCAUCUGCGAACACUGGUUCUACUGGCAGCUGCGUUUCUGCUUCAUGGGUGUCUGUUCGGGUCGUCCUGGCUUGGUCUUUUCCGUCAGCAGGGGCAUUUACAGCUGCAUUCACGGCGUACAGAUUGAAGAGAAAAGCAGCUCAGCUUUGAACUCUCCAUCAGCCACCAUGAACAACACUCAUUCCAAUAUCUUGCGCCUCUUGCGCACCGCCAAAAACAUGGCCUCCGGGGUCAACGGCUCACCACACAGCGCUCUGGACUUCAUUCGACGCGAAUCUUCUGUUUACGACAUCUCGGAACACAGACGCAGCCUGGCGGGUCACUCGGACUGCAAGCAACCUUACUUACCGGAAGAUAACAUGUUCAGUGACUACAUUAGUGAGGUGGAAAGGACGUUUGGUAACGUCCACAUGAAGGACAGUAAUCUGUACCAGGAUCAUUACUUGCAUCAUCAUGGUUCCUCACUUGGGCUCAGUGGACCACCUCCAAACAGGCCACAUAGUUUGGGAAGUGCCAGUUCCCUGGAAGGUGGCAUGUUUGACUGCGACAGCCUUGGAGGAGGGGUGCCGCCUAUUUUCACCACCCAACCCUGCUCAGCAUUGACCCACAGAAACAUGAGCAAGUUUGAUCUUCUGUCUGGACAGACCCCACCCUCAGGCCAGGGCUUUAAGAGUGGCCUGCCUGACUUGUAUGGCAAGUUUUCAUUCAAGGGAGGUGCCUCAAGUUCAACCUACAUCCCUGGGCCUACUUAUUGUGGCGGCAGAGGAGAUGAGGAUGGAAAUAUACGAUCGGAUGUCUCUGAUAUCUCCACACACACUGUAACCUACGGGAACCUGGAAGGCAACGCAAAGAAGCGCAAACAGUACCGCGAUAGCCUGAAAAAGAGGCCGGCCUCUGCCAAGUCUAGACGUGAGCUGGAUGAGAUUGAGCUUGGCUACAGGAGAAAACCUUACCAUAUCAGCCACCAUCACUAUCACAACCAUCGUUCUGCCUCACCACCACUAUUGCCAUCAGACCGUAAGCGAGGAGGCGGAGGAGGAAAUAAUGAUACAAACUAUCUCUUCAGAGAAAAAGAGAGUGUUCGGGACUUUUACUUGGACCAGUUCCGUCCAAAGGAGGGUGUCCCUCAGUGGGAACAUGUGGAUCUGACUGAGGGCCCUGGAAAUAGAGAUAGUGGAGUACCAACUUGCACUUCUCUGGUUCCGGUGGAGGACUUCCUCAAGAGCAAACCCAAAAAGUCUGACUCAAAAGGUGGCGGAGGAUCUGGAUUGGCAGGAGGAGAGUGGGAGUGCAGGAACUGUCGGUCUGGUGGAGGAGUGAAGCAGAUGUCCAUGCACGGAGGAGGGGGCGGCGGUGGAUACGGCGGUGGUAUGAGCUGCGGGUCAUCAGGGGGCGGCGGAAGCAGCCGCCCUAGCUCUGCAACCUGUAUGCGUUGCGAGGGAUGUAAAAAGACAGGCAACCUCUACGAUAUCAGCGAGGACAACAACCACCUUUUGGAACAGAUCGGUGGAGGAAAAGGCGGGGGAGGAGGUGGUAUGGGCGCAAUCCCCCAACCGCAAUCGCAAGCCCAGCAGAGGAGGAAAGGUGGAGGAUUUGGAAAGCCACUCAGGCGGCAACAUUCGUAUGACGCCUUUGUCGACCUUCAGAAGGAUGAGUCGGGCGGCAUGGGGAGCAUGAUGGGCGGUAUGGGAGGAGUUGGGGGAAUGAGCGGUCCGGGUAUAGGAGGAAUGCUGCCACCUCCCAGAAGUGUUAGCUUGAAGGAGAAGGAGCGCUACAUGGAGGGCGCCAGUCCCUUUGCACACAUAUUUGAGCGUCACGGGGGCUCUGAGAGAGAAAGGGAAAGAGACAGGGACACUUCUUUUUAUGGAGGUGAGGGCCGAUUCGGUGGCCUGUUCAGAGGAGGUGAGGGCCUCCAUCGUCGCUCUGUAGGAGAGCGAGACAUGAGAGACAGGGAUAGGUCUUUGAUGGAAGGUGGAGGCGGGGCAGCUUUCUCUUUAUCCAAAUCUCUUUAUCCCGACCGGGUAAACCAGAACCCCUUUAUACCCACGUUUGAUGAUGACCAGUGUCUCAUGCACGGGGCAAAACAGUAUUAUAUGAAAAAGCAACAGCAGCAGCAACAGGUUGCCAAAAACAGCCGAAGUGACUUCAGGAGCCAGCUGAGCACGACAUCUUAUCUGCCAACUUCUGCCUCGGCCGGGGUUAUGUCGAAUGUGUCCCCCCGGUUCCCGAAAGAGCUCAGUCUGGGUGGGCUGAACCACCACGGCUCCAUGCUAGGGGUUGGCCCACCGCGACCCUUCAAUGGAAGCAACGGCCAUGUCUACGAGAAACUUUCCAGCAUUGAGUCAGACGUGUGAGAGAUCAGGACUGGAUUUGACAUUAGGAAUGGAAUAGAGGUGCAUAGUGUCAGGAGAUCAGGGAUGUUUUUAAAGACACUGUCCACACACUGCAUCUCUAUCCCAUACUAAGACUGGAAUUCAAGGUAAGCUGGGUGAGAGCCUGAUGCGGUGUCAGAAGUAGAAUGCAAACUUGAUUCAUAGAAAAAUCUAUAUUUUGCAAGCAAACCUUGGUAAAAACAAAAAAAUCAGGACACCUUGUUGUGGUGGGGGGACGUGACCCCCACUUUACAAAUGGCCAAAGCUACUCUACUUUUAUGUCCAGUCAAUUAACAUGGCCCUGUGCACCUGGAAAAUGCACUCAACUAAAGCCUGGCAUUUCACCCACCAGUGAAGCCGCAUUCAACGCACUCGGCCAUUAUCGCUCAUCUUAAUUUGAUAUUGGACGCGUGAUCCUGGUGAGACUUGACGGCCGCCUGUGAGCUCCCGCUGAGCGCUUACGAGAGAAGACUGCGAGAUUGGAGAGCGAAGCGAGUGGCCCAUCUGGGCCUGUGUCGUCUCGGAAAGAAGACAUUGUCGCAGUGCCAGAGUGGCAACACGGAUGACUUCUCCCUCCCGUUCUCUCUGGAGAAAUCGUUUCAUCUCUCCAUCCUGAACUUGUCCCACUCCGCUAUUGUUUUCCUCCAUUCCCUUUGCCCCGUCCUCCCCGACACCAAAAGAUUUGUUUGCUAUGAGAAAUACAAUCAUGAAUGACAUAAGAUAUUCUUCUAGAAAGAAAAAAACAGGGUAUAAAAUCAACAGUAAUAUUAACAUUGUGAAUAACAAAACUGAUUGUAAUAACACUGCUUAUAAUUUUUUUUUUUUAGUUUUUUUUUUUAAGUUCAGUUGGUGUGAUACUCCAUCCCUGUUUUUGUACUGGCUGGUUGUUCAACCUUUAAGCCAGAAAGACUGAACUCUUUAGUUGUGGGAUAUUUUACUUCAUAUGAGUACCGUACACGAUAUUUUCUCCUUAAGAAAUCUCAAAGACUCAUACUUUAUUGACGUUUUGAGAUGUUUCAAAUCAAGUGCAUAUAGACUUGUUGCGUGUUUUUAGUCCGAGCCUGAGAGCUGCAGAUGCUGAAAGAAAAGGAUGUGCCUUAAUGGUCUCCAAUGGAAGUGUCCUCCUGUUCACAUGGUCAUGCAGCGGCGCCAAUACUUGGUGUUCUUUUCACGUUCGUGCGCCAAAACUGCAGUAAAAAAUUUACAGGCGGCUAGAGAUGCUGCCUGGCAGUGGUUUAGAUACAAGAUGCUGCAGAGUUUUAUAACUUCGUAAAAAAUGAUUUUAUGAACCUGUAUGCCAGUUCUAUUCAGGAUGUCCCACACUGUCUUGGAGUGGCCCACUUCACAGCACGGCGGCCUUCUACUUAGCUUCUUUUUGAUUCAGGUUACAUGGUAAUAGUCACCACCUGUUUGGCCUCUUACUCGUGUCACAUAUGACAACAUCUAUCGUGUCCGUGGUCUGGGAGGCAAAUUGAACUUUGUGCAAGAGGGGAGAAUGUUGCCCUGUGACAAUGAUAGUCAUAAUAUGUUGAGCAGAUGCGUAUGUCUCUUUGAGAAAAGCCGCUGAGGUAUCAGCUUAGACUGAUGUAGAUAGUUUUCUUUUGCUCUUUUUUUUUUUUUUUAAGCUGUCAAAGCCUCAUUAUUGCACAGGACCUUUACCUGGUGUAGGUUCAGGCACUCAGUAGACAUGCCUUAUCAUCCCAUCACACCCCCUUCCCUUCACAGGAGCUGUCUGCUAAUGACUCAUCAUCUAACGGUUCGGAAUUGGAAAAAAAAAAUCAAAUGAAAAAAAGCCUCUAUUAGCUAUUUAAAGGUUUGAUCUUCAAUUAGCUGGCGGUGUCAGAAGUUCAAGGGCUGCAAGAGAUUGCACAGGAGUGCUCAGCCAAGAUUGGAGCUGCUGAAGUGUGCAGAGCGCUGACAUCUAUCUUAUAACCUCAUCUAAAUGCACCACUGUUAUAGGUGUGUGUGUGUGUUGCGCGAGUGAUGAUGCAAGUCACAAUUUAACGAUAACAGCGUUUUUUGUUUUUUUUUUCCCAGACUUGCUGAUUACUAUUCAUAAAUUCAUAGGUAACAAUGUGAUCGUGAGAUUGAUAGAGUUAGCCUUAAAUCAGAACACCUCCCAUACAACCAUAACUACAAAUAAAUAGACUCGGAUCUCUGGAAUUUUUAUAUGUGCACAUUUUCAGAUCAAGCAUUAUCCGAGAAGCAAGUAGGAUUAUUGGAAACGACAUGAAAAUAUGUAUGAAAGAACCACUUUGGAGAUGGCAUCUCAGUCGGCAUUAGUAUGUUAAGCUUUUACUGUAAAUAGUAUAUUCAAAACCUCUUUUCACUUUGUACAGUAAACAGACAGACAGGAUGUAACUUUCAAAAAGUUUUACAGCAAUUUAAGAAAUAAACAUAAAAAAAAAAAUACAUGGACAAAAAUGUGCAAAGUAUAGUUAAGACAUAAGUAUUACUCAUCUUAAGUGAUGUACUUCAACCUCUUUAUUUUACGCUCAUCUUACAAUAGUUUACCAAUCCAUAGAUGGAUUAUGUUAAGGCUUUUUCUAAUUUUCAAUAAAGUGUUUGAGAAAUUGAUCAUUUGCCGUAGGUGUAGAUGUAUGGUGAUAUAAAAAAGGGGACAAUUUAGUUAUAGGUCUUUGUUAAGUUUCCCUUGAAUUGUGUUAGAUUCUCUUUUUCAAGCUCAAAUCAAGUAUCGACACAUUUAUGUAAUACAAUAUUACAUGUAUGAUAUUUGCAGAUAGAAGCAGCAUAUUGUGUGCUUUCAUUUUAGGCAGCGAUCCUUGUUCAAAACUUAGGACAUAAAUGUGUUCGUUUAUUUGUUUUUUAAGCUGGGCUUUAAUGGUGAUUGCACACAGAAUUUAGAGCCAUCGUGGGCCCGGCCUAUCCUGUUCCCUCUUUAUCAUUGGGAUAGACAUCACUGUGGUAAAGAAUGAUGUAUGUAUAUAAAUGUGUGAAUGUGUGUAGAACACACGAGUGCACACCAGUGUUGAUGCUGUUAAUAUUGCUGAAGAAUUCAGCACAAUAAUGUGGAAAAGAUCUUUGCGAGGAUUUAUGUUCAACUGAAAUGCAUUGGUGCAACCCCUUAUCAAAAGAGAAGCAUUUACUCAUUUGUCACAUUUCGCUCUGCUUGAGCAAAGUCAACUGUUGAUUAAUUUAAGCUCAGGUUAGUAGGUUGACACUACUAUAAAGAAACAUGCUUUGAAUUUUUGUUUAUUUACUUUGACUAUUCAUGUUGGUACUGAGAGAGCCCCCCUUAACUCAUUGGCUGCAUUCGACAGGGAUAGACGUGUAAUCCAUUUUGACGAGGAGUCAAAAUUGGAUUGGAGAUCUAUCCCCAUCAAUGGCAGUGAAACAUGAUCACUCAGUGUCAGCUAUCCCAGUUGAAAUGGAUUUGACCCAAGAUUAGAGUAGGUCAGUCGUACACCCGCGCUGAAAUGUUUUGAGACACUUGACCAUUCAGUUUGAUAAAAAGGCGUCUCAAAACUGUGACCUUGCGUGAACAUUAAGGUUGUGGUAAGUGUGUUGUGAAUGACCACCAUCAGUUUUGUUGUUUUGACAUGCUUUUUUUCUGUUCGCAGGUUUUUUUCUGGUUCAUGGAGGUCCAUCAAUAGAAUUCCAUUGAACCAAUUUUUGCUCAAAUAAUGAAACUUCAUACCAAUUUGCAGAGUCUAACCAAAGUUGAACUAACUCGUUUUCUCAGCGCCUGGUUGACCUCCAGUUUAUUUCAAGACCGUCUUUUCCAUUGUGAACAAUUCAAAUUUCAAAUCUUAAAGGGGCAGACAACACCUAUAGUAUGAAUUUCAUUUGAAAAAUGCUUGCUCAAGGUAUUUAAAGUACGCAAAUUGCACAUUUCCAAGACUUUUCAUAAUGGCGAUAAUAAUCUUUAAAACUCAAAGAAUGACACUGCUUACAACAUUGCCAUUUUGUGACGUCAGUUAAACUGACACAUACAAACACACUGAUAGACACAGGCGAAUGUGAUAUGGAGUAUUAAUGAUGUAAUGGAAAAGGAAGGCGAGGAUACUCGCAUUUAUUGGGCUGAAGUAGUACCAGCACUAAUAAAAUGUCUGUCCGCAAUAAUGCCCAGCUCAGACUACAGAAUUUCAGCCCAGUUUUGGCCCAACAGAUACAUUGUGGAGGAAUGUGGAUGUGGGGUAAGGUCCCCGACGCCUCAAGUCGUGUGACAUAUCCACCGACUGCCGAUCUGACAUCUCGGACGCCUCACAACUCCGUCGCAGGAAGUCUGGCGUGUCAAAUUCUGCUUGCCACGGCACAUAGUGUGACACGUCCUACGGGUUCCUAAUAUUUGUUGCUGAAUAUUGACCACAAGUAUAACUUUUUGACCAUCCUUUGCUCUCCUAUGCACAGUCUUUUUUUUUUUCUGAGUGCAGAUACUGGCAGCGUGUGAUACCUACACUCACCGGCCACUUUAUACACCUGUCCAACUGCUCGUUAACACUUAAUUUCUAGUCAGCCAAUCACCUGGCGGCAACUCAGUGCAUUUAGGCAUGUAGACAUGGUUUAAGAUAAUCUCCUCCAGUUCAAACCGAGCAUCAGUAUGGGGAAGAAAGGUGAUUUGAGUGACUUUGAACGUGGCAUGGUUGUUGUUGCCAGAAGGGCUGGUCUGAGUAUUUCAGAAACUGCUGAUCUACUGGGAUUUUCACGCACAACCAUCUCUAGGGUUUACAGAGAAUGGUCCGAAAAAGAAAAAAUAUCCACUGAGCGGCAGUUCUGUGGGCGGAAAUGCCUUGUUGAUGCCAGAGGUCAGACAAGAAUGGCCAGACUGGUUCGAGCUGAUAGAAAGGCAACAGUGACUCAAAUAACCACCCGUUACAACCAAGGUAGGCAGAAAAGCAUCUCUGAACGCACGGUACGUCGAACUUUGAGGCAGAUGGGCUACAGCAGCAGAAGACCAC